AAUUAUUUUUAUCUCCUAAAAGAAUACAAAUCUCGAUCACAAUGAAAAAUAUUUUUAAUAGAUUUAAGGAUUGGAAAAUUCUUAUUUUUUUCCUCUUGAAAGGUUUUUUUGUUUGCAAUGUUCAAGGAUCCGUUUCUUGUCCCGAUAUGGAAGUAUUAGAAACUGGUAAACUGAACUGUGAAGAAAUAAUGGAAAUUCUUAAUGUGCACAAUGAAAUUCGACAGUCAAUUGCAAAAGGACUGAUUGGAAAUCAACCGCGAGCUUCAAAUAUGCGCGAAAUGUAUUGGGAUGAGGAAUUAGCAAAUGGUGCUCAAAAGUGGGCCAACAAUUGUACUUUUGGACACAAUAGCAAAGAAGAGAGAGAAGUUGCAAGGUUCAAAGUAGGUCAAAAUAUCGCCCAGACAAAAACGAAGAGAAAUUCAUCAGAUGCAAAAGAAUUCGGAAAACAGAUAAAUAAAUGGUUUGACGAGCACCAAAAUUUCAAUUUUGGUCCAAUUAAAAGUAAUGGUGUGUUUAAAAAAACGGGUCACUACACACAGGUAAUAUGGGCAAAUAGUUAUAUGAUUGGAUGUGGAUAUUCUCGAUUUAGAAACCAAAAAGGUGUUACCUAUCACUUAUACAUUUGCCACUAUGGACCCUCGGGAAACGAAAAGAACGAGAGUCCGUAUAAAAUUGGAAGAAGGAAAUGUCCUACAAAUUGGGGGCAUUCAAAAAAAUAUCCAAAUCUCUGUAGUUUAAAGAAACAUCCACCUAAUGUUUGCGAGGAGAAAAAAUUGGACAAAACCGACAGGAACAAAUUAGAGAAAUUUUCGAAUAGUCGAAGAUUUUUGCAAGCUCAAACUGCUGAUUCAACAGAAAUUGAUACCGGAAAUAUGAAUUCGCAGAAGAGCGAGACAGAAUUAGAAAAUAAUGUCCAAGAUGCAAAAAUUAAUAUAAUAUUUGUAUAUAUAAAUAAAUUUAUAAAUUAAACUGGCA